AUGGAAGAAGAGUUGGAGAGGCGAAUGAAUGAGCGUCAUGCACUCAUCGACGAAAUCCAACAUCUUGAGCAACGUUUCAUCGCUACGAAAGAUCUAUCAGAACGUGAUUUAAUCGGUGAACAGAUCGAUGGAUGCCAAGAUAAGAUGGGCUAUCUGCAAGAUCAGAUCACCGAACUGCAGAACACAAUCGCCAGUGUCGAUAGCGACAGCACAAAGGCUUAAAUUUAUUUAUUUAUUCAUUAUUUCACAUUAGUGUGUCUCUUUUAUGUUGAUGGUCUGCGUGUCGAAACGAAUAACGAGAAAUGA